CGAUGAGGGGGGAACAGGGGGAACUGAAUUUACCGUAACACCGGUUCAGUUAUUGUUUUAUGGCCACACCAGUCUCAAGCAUCGAAACAGGCCUGCAACGGGGGUAAAAAGCUAAACAAUUUGAGUUGAUUGCUGGCACAAACUGAGUUUUUAUUACCGCUCUCUCAUAGGUGUCAGAAAAAAUAAGUACACACUCCCACUGCAGCCAGAGAAACUUUUGAUCAGUGAGGGAGCUGUUAUUUAUUAAGUUUGGGACUUUUGGUUAUUUGUGUACAUACUUGCACUGUGCACGUGUUUGGGAAUAUUCUACGUUCUGGAGAGAAGAACCUGUGUUUCAAUGCUAAGUUCAUAACUGCAUGUAGUCCAGCACACUGUUAAUUGGAGUUCGUAUACAGAGAUUGAAGUAAUCAGAAAACUAAAUAUUUUGUUUUUCAAGGAAAUAUUAAUAAAUAUGUGCAAGUGGUGUAAAUGUAUGAAAUCCUAAUUGAUGCUGUAGUUUAACUGAUUGUGCUAUUAAUCUGUUUAGGACACAUUUGGCUGUAACGCACAGAAAUAAACAACAAGCACCGCAGCCCGGGGCCCUGUCCUUAUUACCAGUGUGUAACUUUAAAUCAUGAUUUUAAAGGGAAAGGGGCGCUACACUGUGUUAAUCAUUGGCAGUUAAAAUUUAAGUCAGAGUGCUGCAUGUGAGGGAAACGCUGUGGGGCGUGGGCUCGCGCGACAACAGGGAAAGCUGAGUGGGGGAUGGUCUUGUGCUAGGGUACCGAGAGCUGCAUGGGGGAAGAGCUAGCGAUGGCGCGGAGUGCCGAGAGCUGUGUGGGGGAAUGGGCUUGCUUGACCAUACGUUGCUUUUUGGGGGAGAGCGCCAUUAUGGAGAGAUGUGGAAGGGUGCGCAGCUAUACCGUUAACAGUAAACACUGCAAGCGAGACAAGAGAGGGGAGCUGUGCAGAUUGAACUUUUGCAGCAUCUUGUUCCAGAGCUUGUCGUUGUACAGCGUGAAGCUCAAUGGUGGUCAAAACGGUCCAGAAGACUGGCAAGCAGUGGGCACCCAAUCAAGGCAGAAGAAGCAACAGCAUCAGACCGCACAGUAUGGGGCAAAGACAAGGAAAACACACAGAAAAAGACAGACAAAUCUUGGUUUGAAGAAAGGUUUAUCACCUCUUAUAAAGGGAGGGGAGUGUUUGCUCUUGUGCACGUUGAGAAGGGUUGCUUUGUCCUGGAAUACCAAGGAGAACUUAUUUCCCAAAAGGAGAGUUUUGAAAGACACAGAAAAUACACAGAAACACAAUGUUUUUUUGUUUUUUUUUUGACUUUGAAUGGAAUGGAGGCAGUUGGUGGUAGGUUGCUGAAUGUUAUUUUAUAAAUAUUUCAUCUUUCUGGCUUAAUUCAGUUCUAAUAGUUAAGACAGAAUCACGUUAUGACUACCUGAUAUUGAAAUUAGUUGAGAUUCAUGCUUGAGUUGUAACUCUUGCAGUUGGUAUUUGUAGUGGAACGCAUCUAAAUUAUUUUUUUCGGCGUAGAUGCUGCCAAAGAAGAUGGGGCUCUUGGAAGAUUAGUAAAUGAUGAUCGAAGAAAUGCAAAUUGUAAAAUGAAGAAAAUAAUGGUUAAUGGCAAGCCACACCUAUACUUGUUUGCAAUUCAGAACAUAGACCCAGAGGAGGAAAUAACAUAUAAUUAUGGAGACAGUUCCUGGCAUUGGCGUUCGCUGGUUCAUAGAAAUAACAACCAUAUAUAUUUUUAAAUGAAUAAAUUACUGUUUUUGAUGGUGCUUAGUUCUAACUCUUAACACAUCUAAUUUAAUUAAUCAGUUUCUUUAGUACCAUUUAAAUAUUCAAGCUAGGGGUGUUGGGACUAAACACUGUACAGCAGUAGAUCUCCAUCAUAAUCACAAUUGGAGUUGGGAUCCCCACUUUGUAGCGAAUUAUGAGGUAGAGUUCAGACCCCACAAUUUCCACAAUCAGUGCCCAAAGAACAUCAGUGUUUUUUUUGGGCACUGAUAAGCAGAGUCCUGAGUCCUCAUAUCUGAAGCUCAUGUAAGUACUAGUUUUAAACAUUUGUCCGUGGUAUUUAAUUGAAUGCCAUUUCAGUAUAGCCCAUUAAAACAUCAGGCCAAAUUAUAUGCAGUAUGCUUUUCUGUGAAAGAUAUGAAUACAUUUAUUUUGAGGCAUCAAAUUCAGGCAGUUUUAUUUCUUCUGAACACUGCAUGUUUUCCAGGAAUGCUGUGUGUUAGUCCUUCCUGUAAUAUUAAGUGAAUGUUAAAGACACUAUGGUCUAUCCUCUCUUGCAUGUCUGUAUUGACAUUGUCCAGACUACCAAGAGAAACAAAUUAUCUCAUCAACAAAUGUUCUUCUGGACCUGAUGAGUCCACCUGGGGCACAGGUAACAUGUUGUAGCACAUUGACAUGAAACAAGAUUUUGGUGUGAUUAUAGAACAAAUUACAUGACCCUGUCUUAAAAUUCAUGUGUAACAUUUAAUGCUCAUUUAUUAGUUCCAGUGCUGUUUUGGGAGAUUAAUCUUUAAAAAGACUCCAGUGAAGACUGUAAGGAAUGCCACUAUUCAGCAUAUUUGUACAUGCCACUAUAAUUUUGUUUUAUGUAGUACACUAUGGCUAUAUGGAAGCGUCUGCACUUAUGCUUCUCUUCUCAUUUAAGUGGCUCUCUAAUUUGUCACCUGUCUGAAAAUACCAUUGCUAAGUUAAUCACCUUAUAUUGACACACCAAGUCUUUUCUGGGGUGAAAUGUGUUGAUCUGCUUGAAGUCUUAAAUGUCCUGACUUUGGACCGUACCAGAAGUGGGGUAUGUGUGUCUGGUCCUAAUUUUGCAUCUUAGCGUAAAUUAUUUUAAUAAAUCACUGAUGGUCCUUCUUUUAGUUUUUGUCAUUUUUGUAGUAUUAUAAUAAUAUUAAAGAUAAUACUAGCACGUCUGUGUUU